GUAACUUUUGAAAGGCGCACGAAAGAUUUGUGUCAACACAAAAAGCAGCUGUGAAAAUAAUGUAUUUUGUUAAAAUAUUACGGUUUAUCACUCUACAUCUGUUGGUGGUUUCUCUGGCUUCUCAGGAAGAACAACACACCAGAAGAUCGUACACAGUCAACCCAGGAAAGAUUUUAUUUUGUCCAUCGGCCCGUGCCGGACCACCAGGCCCCCCUGGACCCCCGGGUCUUCCAGGAAGAGACGGGCGAGAUGGACGAGACUGCCCUCCCUGUAACUGUGCCUCGGUGCCAUCACCCCCUGUGGAAAGUCCUUGCCCGGGAUCUCCACCGCCGGUACCUCAGGGCCCACCAGUAGGAGGCCCUCCAGAAGGACUUGGAUCCGCUCACAAUCCGGCAAAAUCCUGUAAUGAAAUCUAUCAUUCACUAUCAACAAGCGUUCAAAGUGGGGUAUACUGGCUCCAGGCUGCUCGUGGCAGCCCAUACCAGACACAUUGCGAAAUUAUCACAUCAACAUGUAAAGACAGUGGAGGCUGGACCUUAGUUGCACGAGUGGCCGGAAUGUCUGGAGAUUUCUCCCCCACAAGUCCUCUCUGGGCCAAUGAGGAUGUAGUGAGCCCCUGGGAUGCAGCAGACAUUACAAAAACAACAUCUAUGAAAAAUCCCGGUUGGUUUUCUGUAUCGAAUCAAGUUAUACGCAUGUGCUAUAGUGGUCCCCGCAGUGACUGUGCGACAUUCACUCAUAACAGAGGACUGACUCUUACCCAGCUCUUCGCAACUCAGUUCGCGGUAGAAGUACAGGAGGAGUACACUUUUGAAACGUUGAUGAAAAACCUUGGCAAACACUUGGACUUAGGGCACCUAAAAACUGAAUGGUGCGGCCUCAAUUUAGGAAAUCUUUGUAACCUGGUGGCGGAUCCUAAUAAGGAGCCUGGAACUCACAUCUGUCGCAUAGGCUGUAUUGGCGACACCAGUCUUCCUCGAUCACCUAAUGGCUGUAACCCUGAUGAUUAUUCUAUUGGGAUCGGUGUAUCCAGCUGCAACUCUCCACACGGUUGUCACGGUCACGUGUCCACGACAAGUAGCUUGCACUUUAGUAUGUAUUCAAGAUAUGGGGAUUAUCAGCAAACAGCAUUUAUUUACGUAAAAUAAACAAAAAAUUGUUUCUUUUAACCCUUCGAUCAAAUAUACAACAUCGCCGUACUCGCUCGUUUCCAACAAGAACGUGAAAAACCUCCUUUAAAGUUAACCAUACAAGAGGUACUUAAAAUUUAAAGGAAAAGAAGAGGGAAACUAACCAGCUGAAAAAUUUAAAGGCUGUUAAAAAUGCCAGGCAGCAAAAAUACUUUACAAAAAACAUCUGCAAUACACCAAAAAUUGAAAUAUUAAAGCUUACAACCAAUAAAUUGAUACAAUCAGUCAAGUGCAGGAAUGUGUUUUUUAUUGAUAAAAUUGCAUUUUCUGCUACUUGUAAGAGUUCGUGGAAAAUGAAUUUUAUAUCUAGAUGACUCCGAUGUUUUGGUAAGGUUUUGAUGAUAAAGCGUAAGGCUUCCCUUCAUUUCCUCUUUUUUUUCAGUUUUAUGUUAAAUGGAGCCAGAGCCUUAGCAGUGUUGAAUUUAAAUAUGUUAUAUUUAGUUUUACUGCAUUUGUUAAUAAAUACGUUUACAGUCAAGGGUCUCGUUAUGAUUGAUCGUGAAAGCAAAAACAUCUGAUGGAUGAUAACUCUUAUUUGUGUUUGUAAAUUUACUAUUUAUAUCUUAAUGGGAGUUUUGUUAUGAAGUAUCAUUGAAUUUUUCUUUAAGAGUUGUGCCGUAUUUUGACGAGCCCGUAAGGAAAGUACUA